AUGGCACCCAAGAACCAGAAAAAAAACACCACCAAGGCCGGCGUUGCGGGCGCGAAGAACGGCAUAAAGAAGCCUCCCAAGAAGACGGCGCUGGAGAAGCUGAUGGCCAACAGCAAGGAGAGUCUCGAGAAGCGCGCGAACGAAGAGCUGGUGCAAGUCCACAACAUAACCGCCAAGAUCAAUGACAAGAAGGCCAAAUGGGCGGCGGAGGAGGCUAGAGAUCUAGCCAAACUCAAAAGACACAAAGAUGAGUAUAAGGCGCUCAAAGACCAGGCAGCCGCCGCCCUCACGGCCGAGGGCCUGGCUCGCUCGGUAAACGCUCGGUCAGAAGCGCUUAAGGACGAAAUGGCCGUCACCAUCAAGGAGGAGGCGGUGACCAUCAAGGAGGAGGACCGGGACUAAGGAAGAAUGAGUAGUUUGCUGCCAGCUGUCCGUAUUUAAUUCAGUUCGUUUCAUUCAGUUCAGUUCCUGAAAGAGUGUGUCUUGGUGAGUAUUGCCUACCAAUGCAAUGCGAUGUGAUGCGAUGUGAUGGCGUAGAGGACUGGACGGGAAGAGAAAGUAG